GAGAAAAAAAGGAAACCACCACUCUCACUCCGACAACCUCCAUAACUAUGGCUUCCAAAUCCACCGUCACAGCAUUGACCAUCAUCUUCUUCUUCUUCUUCUUCAUCGAGCCUAAUGUUUCACAGCAAAUCUCAACCGUCGAUUCGGAAUGCGCCGGCCGUUGGAUCCACAUCCGUACACUCCCUUCUCGAUUCAACCUCGAUCUUCUCUCAACUUGCAAUCGCUACCCAAUCACCGACGAUCUCUGCCCUUACUUAUCCAACCACGGUCUCGGCCCAAAAACCCAUACCCGUACCCGAAGCUGGUAUCGAACAGACCCGCUUCUUCUCGAACUCAUUUUCCACCGUCGGAUCCUCGAAUAUCCAUGUCUCACACCCGACCCGAAUCUCGCCUCCGCCGUCUAUCUCCCUUACUACGCCGGAAUCGAUUCUCUCCGUUACCUUUACGGACCCGACGUGAACUCCAGCGCUGAUCACGGGUCGGAUCUUCUCGAGUUUCUGACCCGAGACUCGCCUGAGAUCUGGUCUCGCCGCUCGGGUCACGACCAUUUCCUCGUCAUGGCCCGACCCGCUUGGGAUUUCUCUCAGCCGUUGACCGUUGACCCUCCCAUUUGGGGAACUUCGUUCCUCGAACGACCCGAGUUCUUCAAUCUCACCGCGUUAACGCUUGAAUCGCGUUUCUGGCCGUGGCAGGAGCAAGCGGUUCCUUAUCCGACGUCGUUUCACCCACACAGCUUGCCGUUUUUGGAAUCGUGGAUCCGGAGAGUCCGUCGCUCACGGCGAACCUCUUUAAUGCUAUUCGCCGGCGGAGGAGGAACCUCCUCUUCUCCGAAUAUCCGUCGUAGCAUCCGGUUAGAGUGUACCAGCACGAACGUAACCGGAACCGAACCGGAGAUCUCUUCCGAUUUCGGCAAAAUCUGCGAUUUCGUCGAUUGCUCGAACGGGAUCUGCGAGCACGAUCCGAUCCGAUUCAUGAGACCGAUGCUGCAAUCUUCGUUUUGCUUGCAGCCGCCGGGAGAUACUCCGACUAGGAAGGCGACGUUCGACGGAAUCAUCGCCGGAUGCAUCCCGGUGUUUUUCGAAGACCAGACGGCGAAAAUGCAGUACCGGUGGCAUUUACCGGAGGAAGAAUUCUCGGAGUUCUCGGUGACGAUCCCGAAGGAAGACGUGGUUUUCAGGGGAGUGAGUAUCGCAGACGUGUUGAUGAAGAUACCGAGAGAAGAAGUCGAGAGGAUGAGGGAGAGAGUGAUAGAGAUGAUGCCUAGAGUAAUGUAUAGAAGACAUGGUUCUUCAAUGGGGUUGAUGAAUAAGAAAGAUGCUGUUGAUAUCGCCAUUGAUGGAGUUUUGCACAAGAUCAAUUCUAGAGUUUGAUCACACGUUAAAAUACAGGUAUUUAUCAUGUUGUUUGUUGUUCUUGUUUAAUAGUUAAUUCUGUUGGAAUUUAUUGUAACUAUAGUUUAGUUGAGAAGAUUUUACAUUAACCUCAAAUCAUAUAUUUUGUAUGUUGGAUACGAAAUCUCAAUGAGGUUUUGUUGGUUAGUAGUAUUAGUUGUUAAAAUCUGUAAUGAAUGAUAAGUUUCAGGGGAUUUUUACCCUUCUUUAU